GACUCGGUGACCGGGGCACGGAUGCUUCUUUCCCAGUAGCCGGGGCAGGAAGGCAGGUCGGAGGACUGUUCGGACAGACCGCCGAGCUGUCAUGCGACCGUCCCCGCACCGCGCCCCCGGGCUGCUGCUGGCGCUGCUGGCGCUGCUGGCGCUGGCGACGCAGGCCCCGGCCAAGGCACCGGCCAAGUCACUGGCGCUGUGGCCCUGGCCGAGCUCCGUGAAGGUGUCCCCGAAGCUGCUGAACAUCGUCGUGGAAAACUUCCUCAUUGACCACGGCCCCAAUUCCACUGCUGGCCCCUCCUGCUCGCUGCUGCAGGAAGCGUUUCGGAGAUAUUACAACUACAUUUUUGGUUUCCACAAGAGGUAUCAUGGCCCUGCUGAAUUUCAAGGUGGAGCUCAGUUACAGCAACUUCAGGUCUCAAUUACCCUCAAGUCAGAGUGUGAUUCCUUCCCUAAUGUGUCUUCAGAUGAGUCCUAUUCUCUACUUGUGAAGGAACCAGUGGCUUUCCUCAAGGCCAACAGUGUUUGGGGAGCAUUACGAGGUUUAGAGACAUUUAGCCAGUUAGUUUACCAAGACUCUUAUGGGGCUUUCACCAUCAAAGAAUCCAGUAUUACUGACUCUCCAAGGUUUGCUCACAGAGGAAUUUUAAUUGAUACAUCCAGACACUACCUGCCCGUGAAGACAAUUUUAAAAACUCUGGAUGCCAUGGCUUUUAACAAGUUUAAUGUUCUUCACUGGCACAUAGUGGAUGACCAGUCUUUUCCUUAUCAGAGUACCGCCUUCCCUGAGCUAAGCAAUAAAGGGAGCUAUUCUUUGUCUCAUAUCUAUACACCAAGAGAUGUCCAUACGGUGCUUGAAUAUGCCCGGUUCCGAGGAAUUCGAGUUAUACCAGAAUUUGAUACCCCUGGACAUGCAGCGUCUUGGGGAAAAGGUCAGAAAGGCCUUCUAACUCCAUGUUACAACCCAAGCCAGCAAAUAGAAAAAUUUGGACCUAUAAACCCAAUUCUAAAUACAACCUAUACGUUCUUUAACACAUUUUUCAAAGAAAUCAGCAGUGUGUUUCCAGAUCAGUUCAUUCAUUUGGGAGGAGAUGAAGUGGAUUUUGAGUGUUGGUCAUCAAAUCCAAAUAUCCUCAAUUUCAUGAAGAAAAAAGGUUUUGGUAGGAACUUUAUAAGACUGGAAUCUUUUUAUAUUAAAAACAUUUUCAAUAUUAUUACAUCCUUGAAGAAACACUCCAUUGUUUGGCAAGAGGUUUUUGAUGAUGGCAUAGAGCUUCAGCCGGACACAGUAGUUGAAGUAUGGAAGGGUGAAAAUUAUUUUGAGGACCUAAAACAAGUCACAUCAUCUGGCUUUGCAGCAAUCCUUGCUGCUCCUUGGUACUUAGAUGCCAUUAGCUACGGGCAAGACUGGAGACGAUACUACAUGGUAGAGCCUCUUAAUUUUGUCGGCUCGAAGAAGGAGAAACAACUUGUCAUUGGUGGAGAAGCUUGCCUAUGGGGGGAAUAUGUGGAUGCAACUAAUCUUAUUCCAAGAUUAUGGCCUCGGGCAAGCGCUGUUGGUGAGAGACUCUGGAGCCCUGCAACUGUCACUAACCUAGACGAUGCCUACAGCAGACUGGUGAUCCACCGUUGCAGAAUGGUCAGCCGUGGAAUAGCUGCACAACCUGUUUUUACUGGACAUUGUAGCCAUGAGUAUGAAAUGAAAAAGUGAACAAAAAAAGUCUAUAGCUGUUUGAACUAUAAUCAUGUUGGUUUUGAAAUCAUGUAAAACUACUGUUUGUUAGGUUUGAUUUUUUGUUUUUGUUUUUUUAAUAAACCGUGUUUUUAUUGAUUGA